AUGAAAUUUGAGAACGAGUUAGGGCACCGUGUCUGGGGGGAUGGGGGAGGAGAGAGCGCAGCCAACAGCAACGGCGGAAAGUCAGGCAGCAAGCGCAGCCGCGGAGGCCAUGGGGUGGAUGCCCGUGUGCGACUCUGCGGGCAGAUCGCCCAGGACUCUUCUUUUGGCAGCACUGGGAGCUGGGAGGAGCUGAGAGGUGGAAGUCGAGGAGCUGGACGUGCUGCGCCUGAGAGCGAGAGCCAGAGCGAGAGCCAGAGCGAGAGCCAGAGCCAGAGCCAGAGCCUGAGCCUGAGCCAGAGCCAGAGCUUGGUGAUGAGCCGGGAUCAGGGCGGACAAGGGUAUGAGAGAUUCGAGAAGGCCAAGGUCCUGGUCGGUAAGAGGUACGUAUCCGAGGCGGGUGCGGCAAUACGUAGCAGUUUAGUAUGUACUGUGAGAGAAGCCGGCGCUGGACCGUACGGGUUGGCGACAGAGGAAUGUGCGCAAAACCUCGAGGGGGGGGGGGCCGUCGAGCGAACAGGGCACAGUUACUGUAUGAUCGAUCGAGUCCGGGGUUGGGAUGGAUCGUGGAGCUUGCAGUCUUAUUGGCCUGGACAAAGCGAUAUUUGA